CACUGAGGAGCGCGAGCCUGUCACUGUGUGUUCAGCUGCGGCUCGCGCACACACCUGAAGGCCGCACGAGGACCACAAGGAACUACCACUACCCUCAAGGAGGAGCAGGCUGACUCUACAGCUUUUCACAAUCUCCAACUCCUCACCUUCGCCUCUGGAAGUCCACUUUUAGAUUCUGCUCAUCCUCCCGACCGAAGCUCUGGUCCUGAUCCCCUGAUCGAUAACUGGAGUUUUCCCUGGUCCGGAGUUUGUUUUCUGCAUAUGAAAAUGUGUCCGCUGCGCGUCCGUGAGCCGAUAUGUCCAUACCUCUGACCUCUACCGGAUUUCGGUGAAAUUUUUGGACUUGGUAUUUCGAUUUCAAGAAAAUCUAGAUCAUCUUGACUUUUUCAACCUAAACGGAGAAUUUACUUGAUCUUUUCACUUCCAUCCAACAUGCGACCCAUCACAUUCAAACUCAGCUACAUGUUUCUGCACUUAUUGGCGUUUUGCUUCUACGCUCAGGUAACCAAUCAGUCCCCGCCUAAUUUCACGCAGCAUGUAAGCGAGCAGAGCAAAGUGACGGACCGCGUGAGCCGCAGGUUGAUCCGGAUCUACCAGCUAUAUAGCCGAACCAGCGGCAAGCACGUGCAGGUCCUGCCCAACAAGAAGAUCAACGCCAUGGCUGAAGAUGGAGAUGCGCACGCUAAACUGAUUGUGGAGACUGACACAUUUGGGAGUCGAGUGCGCAUCAAAGGAGCUGAGACAGGCUUCUACAUCUGCAUGAACAAGAGGGGGAAGCUCAUUGGCAAGAAAAACGGACAAGGUCGCGACUGCAUUUUCACCGAGAUUGUUCUGGAAAAUAAUUACACUGCACUGAGGAAUGCCCGUUAUGAUGGCUGGUACAUGGCUUUUACCCGCCGUGGACGUCCACGGAAAGGCUCACGGACACGCCAGCACCAACGUGAAGUCCAUUUCAUGAAGCGGUUGCCAAAGGGGCAGCAGCCCACCCAUCCGAGCCACCACCGGCCUUUUGAUUUUGUCCACUAUCCUUUCAACCAAAGGACUAAACGCACACGAUACUCUUCAGAGCACUGAGGGGGAGGGGGAGGACGAGGAAGAUAAAAAGAGAGAGAGAAGAAACUGGAUAUUGACUGAAUACCAGCAGCAUAUACUCUCCU